AUGCAGUACAAGAUCCUUGCCACUCUUUUCUUCGCCGCCACGGCCCUGGCUGCCCCUGCGGAUACUACUGCCACAUCCUCAAGCACCGAGACUACCGGUAGUGAUGAUUCCUACGAUCUUGCGGAUGUGCCCAGUUCCAUCAUGACUGUUCUGGCAACAGCCAUCCCGGCCUCAUGGUACAACGAUCUCAUGGACCCCGCCUCCCGCUCCUCAAUCGUCAGCGAAGCUGCGGCUGGCACCUACCCUGCUUGGUACAACUCGUUGCCUAGCAGCGUCAAGGCUUGGGCCUCGUCCAACUUUGAUGACCAGAUCGCUGGUGCCACAGCAACCGCUGAUAGCAGCGCUACUCAGACCGAGACUGCUGAUAGCAGCGCCGUCGAGACUGGCUCCACCGCCGCUGCCAGCCAGGCCUCUUCCAAUGCCGCCCAGACCACUUCAGCUUCCACCACCUCCUCGGGCUCCAGCUCUGACUCCACUUCCUCUUCGGCCCCCAGCUCCGAUUCCAGCUCCAGCUCUACAUCGGCUUCUCCUUCUUCUUCGCGGUCUACUGGUGGUGCCCCUGCUCCUACUGGAGGUAUUGCCAUGGGUGUUGCUGGUGCAGCUGGUGUCUUGGCUCUGGCUCUUGCCCUGUAG